AUGAACACUGGAUUCACAUUCCCGCCGAGCAAGACAUCGCAGGACAGCGAUGAAUCUCAAAGAAAUGAACCUCAAGCGAAAACUAUAAAUAUUGAGAUCCCCCCAACUGGAAACGGCGUCAGUACUACUUAUGCCGUGGAAGGCAGUGUGGGAUCAACUGCGAACGAUUCUAUUUUACCAAACACGGAUAGGGGAGUGAAUUCACCAUCGAUGCCCUUCGUGAUGAAUCAACGACAGCAACCAUUGCAUAUUUCUACGGGCAUUGGGUUCUCGCCACCUCUGAAUCGGAUUCCAAUAGAACAAUCCUAUCCGGUGAUAGAUAUACCGCCUCCUAUAAUGUAUCAGAGCCAGAAUAACAACCAACCUCUAGGCAUCGAAAUCCCUCCCCCCCAUAGCAUACGCAUCCAAACGGCACCACCAAUAACCCCAGUAUCGGUCAAGCAGAUGAAUAUCAUUGCAAAGGAGAACACAUCUUCCAGCAGCAAUACAGCAUCAGAAAAUAGCCCCAGCGCUAACUCGAAUACUGGGGUCAAAGAGGAAUAUGUCAGUAAUUUAAGGCAGAAAUUGGCUACGGAUUGGAAGAGUCCCUCAGAGUACGCCCUGCAUAUUUUGUUUACAAAAUUCCUCCGUCAAGCAGAGAAUAAACUGAAUAUCUGUCUAGAACAGCCUUUAACCACAGAGCCACCGAUUAUUGACAUUAUAGGAGAGGGAGUGGACGAAUCGUUUGACAAAAUCAUCGAAUCUCUCGGGCACAUUGCACGGAAGAAACCAAAACCUGUCAUCGAUGCGAUGAUGUUUUGGAGGAAAACCAAGUCAGAAGCUGCUAAUCUUGCUGCUGAAGAGCUACAAGCGCUCAUUAAGGAUCAAGAAAUGUUGGUAGCAAAAGCACCUUUGAAAAGUCGAGGGUCCACAAGCAAUCUAAAACAUAAAGCCUCAGGCAGUAAUGGGAGUAGUACUAUAUUUCCCCAGAGAUCUGUGUCCUCCAAAUCUACCAUGGGAAGAAGUGUCUCGAACGGGACUGCCCGAUUUAUUGAACUACAGAACAUUAUUGAAAAGAAAAAAUUGGAUACUUUGAAAGCUGAUAGAAAGUCAUUAACCAGUAUCUAUAUUCUUUGCCGUGUCUUGAUAGAAAUUGUAAAACAGGCACCAGAACAUGGAGAUGACGAUAUAAGCGACAAACUGGAAGAAAUUGUUUUCACACAACUGAAGAUAACUGACCCAAUGUCCAUAUCUUCCAGCAUCAUAAAAUCCUCGAAUUGGAACUCGUUUGCAGAAUUGUUAGGCUGUAUGUCCGAAAAGAAACUCGUUUCGGUUAGCGACCGAUUCAUAGUAGAACUGGAAAAGAUACCGGCACAUCUUCCGCAACACUUAGAGCCAAACGUUCACUUGUUAAUUCUAGGGAUGAGGUACCUACACCUUACGAACUAUCCACUUGAGAAGUUUGAAGAGAGCGCUGACUUCAUGAGAAGUGUGGCAAAGUUCUUUUUAAGGUCGGAAAACGUAUUGGUGAGGUUAGCUUACGCAGAAGUUACAAAUCAAUUGCUGUUACCGCUUGCUGGUUCUUUGAGCGCGGAGGUUAACCAUCCGAUCUGGAUUGAAGCCAUGGAAAGCCUGUUGAAAUCAGCAAAAAGGUUGCAGUCCGAUUCGAAAUACUGGGCUAGCGGAUUUAAACUAACUGUUUCCAUUCUUUGUGCUUCUCCUCCUGCCCUGUUUACAGAGCUUUGGAUUGAUUUACUGGUCAGUCACGGAAGUAAAGUGAAGACCAAAAAUUUAGAUGAUAGAAUCAUUUUUGCAUUGGGUAUUUCAAGACUAGUUUGGGUAUACCUGUACAGAUCCCCAGAAACGCUUAACAAUACCGUCAGAACGCUCACGAAACUAUUGCAGCUGUAUUUAGGAACUAAGAAAAAAGAGUAUUGGGUGACCAGUGAUUUCGGAUUGAUAAACCCUCUCUCGGAUGCGUUGGUUUCUAUUGGAUAUGCCCACCCAAGCUUCCUGAUGGAAACAGCAAUGUUGCCCUUAAUCCGGCAAUCAUUUAAUGGAGAGAGUCUUGAUAUCACAAGCCAUGACAAGCUGAUCUUAGCAAUAAAUACCUAUAGAAGGCUGCUGAUGACUACUGAAAGACCCGAGUUCCCUGAAAAUAACAGCAGGUUUUACGAGAUGAAUUUGAACAAAAUCGCCAUUAAGCCAAACGACACGCUGUUUUCAGAACACGAAGAAGUUUGUCUUCACAUUUACAAAUUGUUUCUGUUAUUGGAUUCGAGCAUUGGUUCAGAAGUCUGGUCCCCUGAAAAUCAACACCAAAAACAACCUUCCACACCUUUCGGCUCAUUUUCAUUCGGGUUUUCCAACGAUAAUGAUAAUACAGUACAGAAGAAUAAUCUGAAUACAAUUCUGUUUGCCAGUGUGCUGGAAACAAUACCAUGCUGUUUGUCAAUCACCAGUAGAAUCCCAUAUAAAUCUACUAUUGAAAUUUUGACAAGAAACGCAGUGCAUGCUAACCAACUGAUCUCAACAAGCUCACAACACGCAUUGAGAGGUUUGGCAGCCAAGAAGAAUCCUUACACAUUCAUUACAUGGUUUGCGAAGUACUCGUUUGACUUCGAUGAAAAAACGCAAUCCAGCUAUAACACAUCAUACCUUUCGUCAAAUGAGUACAAUAGGCUAUUAUUGCUCUAUAUCGAUCUUUUAGAGUGCUGGUUGGAAGAAUUUCAAUCUUCAAAAACAGAGGAAACAAAGAAAGGCAUGGGCCUGGACGGUAUUGAAUUGCUGCCGUUAGCUGAAGAAGCAGAGGAAGUUAGCGAAACUGAAAAACUCGAGUGGAAAAAUGUUGUGACUGUUAUCGAAGAGGUAGAAGGCAAUGGUUUGUUUUUUCUGUGCUCCCAAGAUCCGAAUGUCCGUAAACUAGCUAUAAAAAUCCUGCAAAUCAUUUCCAAGUUUGACAAAGCCAUGACCGAAAAAACCGACAAAAUGCAUACUGGGCAUUCACGUUCUUCAUCCCUUUAUUUUGCUGAUCGCGGGAACAGGUUAAUUGAUUUCUUAAGUGAUGUAAACAUCGUCUCUUUGAUUACCUCGCAAAAAAUGUCCUUAAGUGCGGCAGAAAAGAAUCGGUUGAUAAAGCUAACUUCAAAGUACUCGCGAGGGUUAGUUUUGAAAUUGGCGGAAAGCACGUAUGGCGUUGAUGCAGCAUUAUGGCAGCGAGUAUAUCCAAAACUUUUACAAACAAUCUUUCAGUCCUCCCCAGUGACCAUGGCAUUAUGCCGUUCCAUAGUAUGCAUUCGGUUAGUCCAAGUACAUGAGGUUAUUUUGAGAAUAUCCGCUGAUGCUGAUUAUAAACCGGCAAACACUUCAUCCGAGAAAAUUUUAACCCAAUGGAAGUUAUACUUGAUAGCGGCUUGCACAUCGUUAACGUCGACCAGCGACCAAAAGCUGCACAUUCCUACUCCGAAAAUGCAACAUGGUAGGAAAAAAAGUCAACAAAUAUUUACGGUUCAACACCAGAAGAUUAAAUCCGCGAAGUCAAUCUUUAAGAUGGUUCUUCCCUUAUUGAAUGCAAAAUACGCUAUGAUAAGAGAAGCAGUCAUAUCCGGUCUGAGUUCUAUGAACGUUAACAUUUACAAGUCGUACAUCGAAAGCGCAGACAGCUUUUUAGUUAGCUGGAAAGAACAGAGCUCCACUAAUCAGAUAAGAGUCGAAAUGUUUCAUAUUUUGACAAUUUUGUCCAAAUUUUUAAAGGAACCCCAAAUUGUUCAAGAUACCUGGAUUUUGCAGAGACUCUCUGAUUUUUUGAAACAUGCAAAACUUUUUUUAGAGCUCAAUUCGAUCCAAAAGUCAUACGAUUACCAGCCGCUGAGGAGUUACUUUGCCGAACUACUCCUGAAAUACUACUCUUCAAUUCGUGAGACCGACCGGGAAAAUGAUCUUUUCCCCUUCCAAGCUCGAGCAUCCUGUUUCAACUAUCUGAAGGAAUGGUGUGGCUAUGGUGAGUUUUCACAUAUAUCCGAGGAAAGGUAUCGAUCGAUGAUACUGCGAGCUGAGAACACGAGGGAUAAAACUUCAAUCUCUGCUGGGAUAGAGUUUCAGAAAACGAGACUGGAGUUGAUCGUGCUCGAAGCGAUGGUUGUGAUGUGCUCCGAACCUAUAACCCAAGUUAUAGAAGAUGAGUCAGACUCUCCCAUAUUUAUAUCGUUUGACAUCGCAGGACUUUUGACGUGGAUAGAGGCCCUAUUCUGCUCGGAAAAAGAGAUUGUGCGAAAAUUGGGCUUAAGGGCUCUAGAAAACCUCCUUGAAAAGAAUAAUCGUAAUGUGCAACUCUUCAAGGAUGUUGCUGUUCAGUGUAUUUCCCCUCACGCACAACCAUACGUCGCUGUAUUGUACUACACUACUCUCUGUAAAGCAGUUUUGAGCUUAGACGAUUUGAUUCUAGAGGAGGUUGAGCUUGUAUCCCUAGGACUUUAUGGGUUGGUCUCCGAUAAAGAGGAAACCAGAACGUAUGCGGUAGAUCUGUUGUCGAUCGUGGAGACCAAAUUGCACAACUCUUCGUACACCAAGGUUUUCAAGGAGAGACUGGCGAACUCAUCAAAGUCAGUUUACAAAUCUACGGCGAUCGAAAUUUCAAGUAUAUUCGUUGAAUUGCUAUCCCAAGAUUUAUGUUUACGAGUUUUCUCCAGUUUGGUCCGGAUCCUAGAUCUAUUUCCUUUUGAAAUCAAGAGAGACUUGCUCAUUUUGAUGGUACCAUGGGUAAAUAAGUUUACCUUGAAGACAAUAGAUGACCUGGACACGUAUAUGGUUCUGAACAACUUGUUUUAUGUUACUAUCAAUUUGAAUGAUAGGUUGCCCAACGAAGUUGAAAAGCUAUGGAUAUCUUUGGGGAAGGGCAAUUCUUUCCAGAAUAUCCACGUAUCUUUAGAAUACAUCAUCCAAACAUCGAUAAAUCACAGAAACCCAAAUUUUGUUGAAAGGUCAAGAGAUGUAAUGUUGUAUCUGGCCAAUAUACCUGGCGGCAUAGGUUUGAUAGACACUCUAUUAGAUAACUUGGAACCGAAAGCUAUGAUACCUAGUUCAAAAAUGCAAGUGAUGGAACCUUUGGACAAAGCUGGGAAGUACUCUUUUGUGGCCAAUAUUUGGGAGAGAUUGAACUACUCUGGCAAAAAUAUAAUAUUUUCGAAGGCCCAGCUUUCAAUCAUAUUUCUGGUUAAUGUACUGCCCGAAGUAAAUGAAUCUAUCAUUGCCAAAAUCCCUACGAUUCUUCAUAUUGCAGUGUGCCUGUUGGACCAUUAUGUGCCGCUUAUCCAAGAAAGCGCAUCCAAAAUAAUCUGCAAUCUGAUUUUCGGUCUUGCACCCACCCACGAAAAGUCCGAGGAAACAGUUGAGCUAGUAAGAAAUAAAAGCCAGUUAUGGUCGUAUGAUAACCUUGUGAAAGACAAAAAGGGGGCCAGGUCGCCCAAAGCAAUGGACUUCCUGAUAAGGAACAUAAUCAGUAUUUUUUCUGAAAACCAAACCUUGCAAAAUGACUGGCAGAGGAUCGCAAUGAGAUGGGCAACAACAUGUCCCGUUAGACACAUUGCCUGUCGUUCCUUCCAAGUGUUCAGAUCAUUGCUCACCUUUUUGGACCAAGUCAUGCUGAGAGAUAUGCUACACCGUCUAUCUAACACUAUUGCCGACGAUAAUGUAGACAUUCAAGGAUUUGCCAUGCAAAUUUUGAUGACACUGAACGCAAUUAUGGCGGAGCUGGACGCCACUGAUCUUAUUAGUUUCCCUCAGCUGUUCUGGUCACUGGUUGCUUGUCUAAGUAGUGUCCACGAGCAAGAAUUCAUCGAGGUAUUGUCGUGCGUUACGAAAUUUAUUUCAAAGAUUGACCUAGACUCUUCAGAUACCGUCCAGUGUCUAGUAGCAACCUUCCCGUCGAAUUGGGAAGGACGAUUUGAUGGUCUACAGCAAAUUGCCAUGAUUGGACUACGAUCAGCAAUCUCCUUUGACAUAACUUUGAAAUUAUUGGAUAAACUAAACCUGCUCAAGAACAGUCGGAUAAUUGCCGAUCCUGAGUCUCGACUUCUUUUCGCUUUGAUAUCUAAUUUACCGAGGUUUUUGCAUGCUCUUACAAUCAAGGACUUUGUGUCUAUUCAUAGAGCAACAAGUGCUUUGACGAUGUUAGCAGAGGAAAACAAUGAACCGGCCCUUGCUAGGCUUGUUGACUCAUUGGCCAAGGAUAAAUUUAGGUCCCAAAAGGAUUUUUUGAGCCAGAUCACUAGCUUUAUUGCUAGGAAAUAUUUCCCCAAAUACUCCGCUCAGACGCUUGUUUUUCUGUCUGGUCUUCUACUCAACAAAAUACGCUGGGUCAAAGAGUCAACCAUGGAAAUUUUAAAACACAUCUUCCCUCUGGUUGACCUUACUCGCCCAGAAUUUAUUGGAGUUGGUGCCGAUCUGAUAUCCCCGCUCCUUCGAUUGUUGCUAACUGAUUUAGAAGCACAGGCUCUUGAAGUCUUGGACUACGCUCCUGAUGUUUCGGGAAGUAAAAUGGACAAGGAUGUUUUGAGAAUAAGCAUGGGCAAUAAGGAUGUAAAGAGUAGCAAUACAACAACAACAACGCUAUUUGGAAUUCCAGAAGACAGUGGGUGGUCUAUCCCAAUGCCAACUAUGACGGCUGCGACAACAAGGCACAACGUUCACGCUGUUUUCAUGUCGUGCACAAAUAGUGCCGCUGUAGAGGGUGCAGCGCAAGAACCUAGCAAUAUGGAUGACAUUGUAGAGUUUCAUGCCGAUGGGGACUAUGCCCUGAACAAGAUGGAAACUGCCGACUCAAUCCCCGAGGAGAAAGAUGGCUCUUUAAGUCACAUGUGGGCUGAAUUGGACAAUCUCGAUAGUUUUUUCACAAAGAAUACGUCUUCUGCAAUGAUGGAUCCCAAAUCGUCGUCCGCCAUACCUCACGGGAGAUCUGACUCCACUGAUACAACGAACACGACGCACACGUCUGCAUUGGAGUCUGCACCUCAACUGUAUGAUAAUAAAGUAUCGGUAAUACUUAACAAAAGUCUGUCAAGAACCCCAUCGAACAUGUCUUUCAAGAAGUACCUUGCGGAUUCGUUUGCAUCUACUCUAGGACAUGAAGGUCCGUCAACAGAUACGGGUUUCCAAAGAAAUAGUGUGUUGAAUGGUGCGUUAUUCAAUAGCAGAGAGUUUAAUAAUCAACUCAAUGUUUCGCCAAUAUCUGGGUUAAGUGGACAAGGAAUCUAUGGCAACGAAAAUAGAAAAUCACUGAAAAGUGCAGGGAAGCAGGGGAGAUAUCAAAAACACCACUAUUUGCCGCGGUUUUAG